AUGUCCAUCCCAGAAGACCACCAGUGCAACACCCUCCCGCCCGUCCAGGCGACCUACACCCCCAAGGGCACGUGGGGCGAGCUCGCGGGGAUCAAGACGUACUUCACCGGGCCAGAGGACACGGGCAAGGCCGUGCUGUUCGUGUACGACGUGUUUGGCUUCUCGAGCGCGCAGAUUCUUCAGGGCGCCGACAUCCUCUCAGCAGCAGGCUACCGCAUCGCGGUCCCCGACUUCCUCGACGGGCAGUACAUGCAGGCCUGGUGGGGGAACGGGAGCCAGAAGGGCGCGGACGCGCGCACUGCUUUCCGCGCCGGAUAUCCCGGCAAGCCGAGCACGCAGGACCAGCGCGUGGCGGACACUCUGGCGGCGCUCAAGGAUGAGGGGUACGCCGUCGGCGUGGCGGGCUUCUGCUGGGGCUGGAAGGCGGUCGUGCUCAGCCGCGCGGUGAAUGGGUUUGCGGCGAUCGCGACGGCGCACCCGAGCGCAAUCGACCCCGACGACGCGGACCGCGUCAGCGUCCCUGUUCUUCUGUUGCCGUCUGCCGGCGAGCCGCGCCCCGAGAUCGAAGCGCUGUAUGCCCGCCUCGAGGCUGCGCGCCCGGGCACCAACAAGCUCAAGUGGUACAACGACUCGGUGCACGGCUGGGCGGCGGCACGGGCGGAUCUGAGCGACGCCAAGCAGGCGGAGAAGUUCAAGGAGGCGUACGAGGACUUUGCGGAGUUCUUCAAGCUGCACUUGUAG